AUGGAAGACGUACUGGAGGACCUGUGUGGAAGAAUCUCCCUCACAGAGGGAGAGAAGAUUGGAAUACAGGUGGAGGAGGGUGAGAUAGCAGCGGAUAAGGAAGCGGGUGGGAAGUGCUUGAUCGGCAAGGUGUGGACGGAAAAGAACAUCAAUAAGGAGGCUUUUCGAUCAGUGCUAUCAACCGUAUGGCGCACUGCAGGAGGUGUAAAGUUCAAAGAAUUGAGAGAGAAUACAUGGCUGUUCGAGUUCAAUGACGACGUUGAUAAACGGAGGGUAUUGGAUGGACGGCCUUGGUCGUUUGAUGGGCAGAUCUUAGUAUUGAAUGAGUUUGAUGGCAACACUCCACCAUCCCAAUUGGAGUUUAAUCAGUCUCCAUUUUGGAUUCAAGUCCAUGACAUGCCUCUUAUCUGUAUGAAUAAGAAUAUUGGCACUAAGAUAGGGAGAUCAUUGGGAGAACUUGAGGAAGUUGAUGUAGCAGGUGAUGGAAUGGGCUGGGGGAGCUGCUUAAGACUGAGGGUUAACAUCGACAUUACAAAGCCCCUUGACCGAGGUAGAGCUCUCAAACUGGAAGGGAAGUCAUCUUGGGUAGAGUUCAAAUAUGAAAAGCUGCCCAUUUUCUGUUUCCGAUGUGGCCGGAUAGUGCAUGGUCCGCGAGGAUGCCCGAUCCCACCCCCGACCAGUCGUAGUGCAGCAAAGGAGUUCAACAAAUGGGGAGUAGAGCUUAGAGCUAUGGCUCCGCGCAGACGAGGAGCAAGGGGAAGACAUUCGUACAGGGAGCAGUCGACCAGAAAUUCUCCAUCGGAGUCUGACGAGACGGACAGCGGCAGACACUCUGGGGAGCGUUCUCCCAAUAUGGCAACUUCCGGAUUUCACGGAAACCCUUCCAAAGAAAUAAAUUCGAAGGCGCCAGCUGGGAGCGGAGGAGGCGGGAUACGAAACUCAGAAAAGGAAACUGGUAACGUUACAAGGAAAGAUUCCGCGACAGCUGAAUUGCAUGAAAUAUCUGCCAUAAAUACAAUGGAACGUCCAGCGGCAAACAGUCCACUGCAGACUACUGGACCGGGCUCAUGCUUGGGCCAUUUGGGCCAUGGACACUUGGGCUCAUCUAUUGCUGGGUCAAGAGUGGGCGAAGCAGGUGGGGGAGGAAAUAUGGAAGAUCAGGAAGUCACUAGUAUGGAAUUCCUAUUGUCUGGGGCAGCCGAACACAACAGGGGAGAUGGCGAAAAUGACUCCAAUAAUUUCAGGCCUACUCUGAAAACCUGGAAGCGGAUGGCCAGAAACACAAAUAAUGUUCGGGCAUUAACCCAGCCCUCUAGUAAGACGAAAAGGGACAGGAGAGAUCCCACGGAUGAACAAAAUUCAGGCCCGGAGAGAGUGGAGAAAAGAAGCAAGACAGAAUCUGUGUCUCAGAAUAAGAAGUUGGAGUCAUUGGCGGCGGCUGUCCCACAGCCCCGCCAGGAGCCAUGA